CCGAGCUUUCAAAUGCAAAUAUCACCUCGCCAAGAGAUAGAUUGGUUUCAGCCCCACCUCCUUCAAGCCCUUUUCUGAUUCCCCCCUUUUUAAUUCGUAGGAUUCAUUCUAUAGAUACUGACAAGUGGGAGUUCUGUUGUGGGUCACUUUGAAUAGUACCUAGUCAUACUAGAGUGGUAAAAAAGGCUUGUCUCUUUUUUAUUAUUAGUCUCAGCUGAAGUGGCAUUAGGAGUUGAGGCGGCUGAGCAUGAUUUGCUCACAGCAGUCCGGAGCUCCAGAGACCAUCAGUUCACUGCGCUGUGUGCGCUUCGCGUUGAAAUCUACUCUCAGCAGCUGUAAGUUCUCAAUGGAGUUAAUAGCAGCUAUCGCACGUAUGUAAAAGGACACGGGCAUUAGAAUCACGCCGGAUCGGUCUGUUGCAGCAUCCGAGAGAAUCAGAGUCUGGAGGUGCCUUUUACCCGAUUUUCCCCAGUGAAGUUAAAUUUGCAUCAUCCACCCCUCCUCACCCAGUGUGCUACAGAUGGUCAACUCUUGAGUCCUGCAGAUUUCCUCUGGGUCAGAAAAAAAAGCCUGCUACAACUCCUGCAAAUUUUUCCAACGCUCUUGUUCUUUUUGUAGAUUUCUUUAAUUUCCUUAAUACUGUAGCAAAUGAAGUCAGUGACAGUAAACAUCCAGACAUUUCUGGGGAUUGUGACCCUUCUCCUUUCCCUGUGGGAGGCAAGUUGUACUGAAAGCUCAAGCUCAGGCUCACAUUUACACUCCCAGCACUCAGGUGCGACUCUGCGGAGGGAAAAGCGGAGCUGGGUGUGGAACCAAUUCUUUGUACUCGAGGAAUAUACUGGCAAUGAUCCACUUUAUGUUGGAAAGCUCCACUCUGAUGUUGACAAAGGAGAUGGUAACGUCAAAUAUGUCCUGUCAGGCGAGGGAGCAACCUCCAUUUUCAUUAUUGAUGAAAAAACAGGAGAUAUUCAUGCAACUAAGCGGCUGGAUAGAGAAGAACAGGCCUAUUACACCCUGAGAGCUCAGGCUGUGGACAGUCUCACAAACAAGCCAGUGGAACCUGAGUCAGAAUUCAUCAUUAAAAUUCAGGACAUCAAUGACAAUGAGCCAAAGUUCCUGGAUGGACCCUAUAUGGCUGGAGUUCCAGAAAUGUCUCCAGUGGGAACUUCAGUUAUUCAAGUGACAGCCACAGAUGCUGAUGAUCCCACAUAUGGAAAUAGUGCCAGAGUUGUCUACAGCAUUCUACAGGGACAGCCAUACUUCUCUGUGGAAUCAAAGACAGGAAUUAUUAGGACUGCUCUUCCCAGUAUGGACAGGGAGCUGAAGGAUCAGUAUCUUUUGGUAAUUCAAGCCAAGGACAUGGUAGGACAAAUGGGAGGAUUAUCUGGAACAACCUCUGUCACUGUCACUCUCACAGAUGUUAAUGACAAUCCACCACGCUUCUCACACAAAAUCUAUCGAUAUAAGGUGCCUGAGUCUUUGCCUGUAGCAUCCAUGGUAGCAAAGAUAAAAGCUGCUGAUGCUGAUGUGGGACCAAAUGCUGAAAUGGAAUACAGGAUUAUAGAUGGGGAUGGCCUUGGGAUGUUCAAAGUUUCUGCCAACAAAGAAACUCAGGAGGGAGUCAUAACUCUUCAAAAGGGGCUUGAUUUCGAAACGAAAGAAAAUUACACUUUGAGAAUUGAAGCUACAAACAAAAACAUUGACCCUCAGUUUCUGAGCCUGGGGCCCUUCAGUGACAUAACAACAGUCAAUAUCACUGUUGAGGAUGUGGAUGAACCACCAAUCUUUACAUCUCCACUGAACAAAAUGAUUGUUUCUGAGGCGGCAAAGGUUGGCACUAUCAUUGGAACAGUAUCGGCACAUGACCCAGAUGCCUCUAACAGUCCAAUUAGAUAUUCAAUAGAUCGUAAUACAGACCUUGAGAGGUUCUUUAAUAUUGAUGCCAUGACGGGAGUCAUUAGUAUAGCGAAACAGCUGGAUAGAGAAAUGAAUGCAGUCCACAAUAUUACCAUUUUUGCAAUGGAAAGUCAAGAUCCAACACAAGUUGGAAGAGGGGUUGCAAUCAUCACAGUAAUGGAUAUCAAUGACAAUGCACCAGUAUUUGCCAUAGAAUAUGAAACAUUUCUAUGUGAAAAUGCUCGACAUGGACAGGUUAUCCAGACUAUCAGUGCUGUUGACAAAGAUGAACCACCCAAUGGUCACAGGUUUUUCUUUGCCCUGACUCCAGAGGUAGCAAGCAAUUUAAACUUCACCCUGAGAGACAACAAAGACAAUACAGCAUCCAUUCUGACAAAACGAAAUGGCUUCAGGAGACAAGAACAGUCACUCUACAAGCUACCUAUCCUGAUUGUGGACAGUGGAAGUCCUUCACUAAGUAGCACUAACACCCUGACGAUAAAAGUUUGUGACUGCGAUCAGGAGGGCAUAGCACAGUCUUGCAAUGCAGAAGCAUACAUGUUGUCAGCUGGACUUAGUACUGGGGCCCUCAUAGCAAUCCUGGCUUGUGUAUUAACAUUGCUAGUGUUGGUGCUGCUCAUCGUCACCAUGAGAAGGAGAAAGAAGGAGCCACUAAUUUUUGAUGAAGAGAGAGACAUCCGGGAGAACAUUGUGCGCUAUGAUGAUGAGGGAGGCGGGGAGGAGGACACAGAGGCUUUUGACAUGGUGGCACUCCGCAAUCUCAACGUCAUGCGGGACACCAAGACACGAAGAGAUGUGACGCCGGAGGUUCAAUUUUUCUCUCGCCCUGCUUACAAAACGCUCCCUGACAACGUUAUUUUUAGAGAAUUUAUAUGGGAAAGACUAAAGGAGGCAGACAUAGACCCCUCUGCUCCCCCCUAUGACUCCCUGCAGACAUAUGCUUUUGAAGGCAAUGGCUCAGUAGCAGAGUCACUUAGCUCCUUGGAGUCCCUGAGUACAGAUUCGGACCAGAAUUAUGAUUACCUCAGUGACUGGGGACCUCGCUUCAAAAAACUGGCAGACUUGUAUGGAAACAGUGAGAGCAACAUAUUCUCUUAGCCUUUGAGUUAACUUUGGAAGAAAAAAAUAAGACAUUGAAGACAUUUUUGGAUGAAGGGGUAAAAGAUAAAAAUAUUGAAAAAAAGAAGGAAAAAUGUUUUUUUUUAAUCUUUAAGGUUUGUCCGUUGAUACCUUCAUUAGAAUUUUCAAAGAGAAACUCAAGAGAAAUUUAAUACAACAAUUAAAAGCUUAGACUUUACAUGCUACACACUUGUUUUAAGCCAGCCUGGAGAAAUGGCAUAUCAUAUAAAGAGGCCAGGAACUUGCCAAAUGCUGUCGAGAUCCUCAUUCCACUGCCAUGCUUAAUCUGAAGAACAGUAUAUUAUUUAAGAGCUCUGGUACAUUUCCUGCAUUUGUUGUUCUCCUCAUGACAUCCAAUGUUUAGGUAUUCUGUCUGUAGUAAUUAGAUGGUACCGCAAUUUACAAGUUGAGUGAUAAUUCAGAGUGUACACUUUGAUCAGUAUAGAUGUUUAUAUGAAACCUUUAAAGGAAUCCUUAAAGGAAUAUGUUAACAUGGACUUGUAGGCAAGAGAGUGUUUUUUUAAAAAAAUCAAUGUUUCCUGUCAAGAUCUGUAAGCUAGACACAGAUCUAGUAAAGCGAUUGCUCUGUUACUAUGUAAAAGAGAUUUUCCACUUGCCAUAUUUUAAUGUCAGAUGGGAACCAGCUGUAAAAAGCAACUAGCAGAUUUUAUCUGUUUAGGACUUUUCAUUACCUCUUCUGAUUCUUACAGGAGAAUAAAUGGUGUUUUCUUUUGGUAUGCUAUUGGAUAUGUAGUGUAAUAUUAAUUUUCAGAACUUAUAUUUGGUUAUGGGAAGCUAUAUGGGAAUGGUGGGUCUCACUGCCAAAGUAUUGCAACAGAUUCUAUUGGAUAAUAUAACUAUUCUAUCACUAGAAUACACAUUGAAUCCAUGAUUAAAAAUCAGAACCUAAAAUUAAGAAAGAAAUAAACACAAUAAAUUAGGAAAACCACUGCAUGAAAAUCAGGUUUUCUCCUGAAACACUUCUAAUUUCGUUCACUCUCCAAUACCUGAAUUACCUAUGCCCCAAAUUUAUUUAUGAUAGUGCAUGAUGAAUUCUUAUAUCUUGAGUUUGAUGGCAGAUUAUUUCAACAAGUUAUUUGCCUCACUAUUUUCAGUUUUUACUUCUGUUGUUAAACAUGUGGAGAAGUCUGGUAGAAAUCACCUAAAUUCCUGAGAUUAAAUAUUGAAUAUUUCGUUUAGUAAUGCUUUGAAAUAAAAUACCACCGUAAAGUUUUAAAUUGAACUUUUUUGUUUGAUGGAUAAUUUAUUUAAUAGCUUACUGUAACAGUGUAGUGUUUCAGCAUGUCAAUAUAAUUUUAAAGACAUAGACAUAGACAAAGAUAUUAUCACUUCUUUUCAAUUCCCUGGGGAUAAAAUGGAAUGCUGAAAACAGUAAAAGGGGAACUGGUUUGUUAAUAGGUCAAAGAGAACUGGAGCUGAUUUGAUGGACUAAAAAGGUGAGCAACUCUUCAGAAUUAUAUUUUUCCAUAAAAGAGAGUAAGGUUAACUGUAUUGAACAUGGGGUAAAUGAAGCAUUUGGAGUGGGAACAGUCUUUUCUGCUGCUUUUCUGAAGAAAAAUAACAGGGACUGUAUUUUAUUUGAAAAAAAAAUAUCUGUGCUUUCACAGAAAGCUGAUAGACCUUUAAUAAAUUAUGUUCCAUGUGUUAAAAAGUUUUAAACGUCUUCACAAAUUAGCAAGGUAUUCCUUAUGAAGGAGUUUUUUAAGAGUUUGUAAAACAUUUUCCUUUGAAUAUUCACUGAGCAGUUGUAAAGCCUUGCUCCAAAAACUAAAGGCACUUUGUUUGAUAUUAACUCAAGUUGAUGAUACAUUUUAUUUCUGCUGAAUAAGGAAAAUUGUGAUUUUCUGGUGCUAAUCAUGUCUUUAACAUGUGGUUCUGAAACAAUCAACUGUGUAAAGAUUUCUGCUAAAAUGAAGGAUGCACAUCUUCACAGAUUUUUCUCCUUGGAUGUCAUAUUCCUUGUCUUUAGUUGUUUUUGCUUCCCUUACCUGAUGUGUGGCCAACUAUCAAAAGAAAGAAAAAAAGCAUUUAUUAAUAACAGCCUUUUAACUUAACCAACUGGGGAGUUACAGUAAAAUUAAGAAAAGACAAGGCACCUCACCAGAUAACCUUCUACACUGCCACCUCAAGCACUUUUACAAUCAUAAGACAAUACUCAUGCUGAUACAACUGCCAGAGGUUCUUGUUUUUAGAUCAUCACAAAUGUGUAGUGUGCUGUGAAGCAGUGAUCCUUCAGUAAGUCCCAAGGGAAGACUUAUCUAAACCUAAAGUGUCUUUCAUAAGGAUGAGAGAUUCAUCACUACAAUAUCCAUAAAUUCUACAUGAGGUAAUUUAAUUGAUUCUGUGUUGUGACAUUUUUAAAAUACAGUGACUUUGAAAAGAAAAAAAGCAUUUGGAAUUUAAACCAGUCUUUAUAAAAAUCAUUAACAACCUUAUUGGGAUCAACACACUGGCUUCAUUGUUUCUUUUUUGUGAGGUGUAUCUGAUGAUUUGCCAUCUUCCUGGCAAAGGGAAAAAAGUAUUACAAUAUACAAAAUCUGAAACUUUAAGUCUUUGAGCUGCUUCUCCCAACUGGCUUAGAUGUACUGUACUUCUUGUAGGAAUCCACUUCCAAGAGUGAUGCAUUAUACCCAGGUUCUGUACUUUUUUUAUAACAUUUAUUUUCAUAAGAGAAAUUUAAGAUGUAAAAACAAUACAACUGCAAAAAGGAAAUUAAGAUUCUACAAGAGGAUGUGAUCACAUAUUGUUUUUUACAGUUUAUGACAGAUUUAAUGUGAUUCAAUCUCACAUAAUUCUUACAUUUCUGGAAAAUAUUUUAGUCAUUCUUUUCAUAAAUGCAUGAAUAUAAUUCAUAUAAUCUUAAGAGCAAAUGUACAGCAACUUAAUUAUAUUACCUUGUUAUGCUUAAACAUACUCUAGAGGCCAAAAGAAGGUUAACUUGACCAGAAAAUAAGAAAUACACUUUUAAUUAAGAAAAUAAAGAGAGUCUUAAAUACCCAUUGAAGGGGUAUCUCAGAGAUACUGUAAUUUCUAAAUUUUAACCAGAAAAUAUAUAUACUAUAUCUAUAUAUAUAUAAUUGGUAGUAAUUUAGGUUAUAAGUACUUGAAUACAACACUGUACUUUAUAUUUAAGGUUAAAAUUUAAUUAAACAUUUAAUCCAUCUUUAAUUCACCUAGAAGUGGUGGUGUGAUUGUAUGAUAUAAAUAAUCCCAGUCCCUCUAUUCAGAUACUGUGCAAGUUAAAAAAAUGGAUUUGCUAUACUGUAAAUUUAAAAUUAUAAAACUAUAAAAAAACUAAGUAUACACUUUCUGACCAAGCUAACUCUGGGUAACCUGAACAUCAAGACUAGGCAGGGGUAUUAUAAAAAAAAAUCAAAAGGGUGAAGCAUGUGCAAAAUGUAAAUCAAAAUGUGUCCAUUUGAUUACCGUCAGCAUCAGCAUAUUCCUAAUUAGAAUUUAAAUCUCUUGGUCAUGUCUGCAAAAGCUCUAAGCCAUCAUAUUAGAAAAACCAGUACUAAAGGCUCUCCUGUCUUCAACCACCUCUCACCUUCACAAAGGCCAUUUCCUUCUUCAUUUCUUCUGGACCCAAUAACUCUUGUAUUGAAAGAAAAAAAAACAUAACAAUGCUACUAGACAAAAUAUGAUUUUAUAGUUUCAAAAUCAUUAUUAAAGGAUUUAAUUUUCAUCAGGGGCAGAAGGCAAGAAGAUUUAUGUUUCACAAAACAUGGAAAAGGCUGAUAGUUUUACAGUGCAACACAAGUGGUCCACACAUGUUAGGCCCACGGGAACUGUUUUGUAGGCCACAUUUCUGCAUUUCUUCAUCCCUUUUCAAUGUCAUACUUACAGCUGAAGAAACAUUAUUUCCUGCUUUAUAUAAUAUUCCCAUAAAAAUACUCAAUCUGGGAGAUGCCCUCUGAAAAUCCUGCAGCUUCAUGUUUAAAUAUUUUCUAUUGCUAUUGUUAAUUCAAUUUAUAUUACUUUUAUUAAAUAUAAUAUUCUCAUCGAUGCUACAAACCCAAGUCUUGGAUUAAAAAGUCCUGGUUGUGAGAAUAUUAUAUAAAUUACCAGGUAUUCUUUCAGAUAUUCUGAUUCAACUCAGAAUUGGGCAGUGCUUACAUGCCUGUGGCCUUUAACAUUUUCUAGCAAUAAAUGGGGCUGAAAUAUCACAUUAAGAACUCCUCUUGAGUCUCCCCCAAUCCAGCAAUGUCUCCCAUAUUGGAAGAUGAAAUGCUUAAAUAUAAUCUGGACAGUAAAAAGUAAUAUCCCAGUCUAAACCAAACUGAUGUGACAAUUGCAAUCAAGAUGCUAUUUCACAAAACAUCUGUAUGCUUUCUACUGAUAUUCUGCUUCUGUAACUUUCAUGUGUUUGCAAAACUAAUUAAUCUUAGAAACCAAGCAUGAGAGUGCAAUUUGACAAAGAAAUGUAUUCUAAACAAAACAGAAAAAGAAAAGAUAAUAAGAAUGGAGCCAAUCUACUGUACAUUCUGUCAGUUUGAUUAUGGUACUGCUUAUAUGAAAGUGACCUUCAUUUUGCCAGCACAGGUUGGGAGUUAGCUUAAUUGACUAAUGAAAUGCCAUCUGUAGUGCUGUUUUUGUAGACAAUCAUACAUUCAUGUUUCAUAGUAUUUUUUUCCUUCAUUUGUACUGUGCAUGCAGAGUUUUGUAUUAGAAUUAAUUUUACAUAUUUACAGGUAUGUUGCUUUACGUCACAUGCAUACAUUUCAGUAAAGACGUAGAAUUGUUUUACCUGGAGUGCAGAUACAUUCUUGUUUUAUAAACUUCAGGAAAAAGCUUGGUACAGUAUAUUACUAAUAUAAUAUUGUAACGCAACGGGGGCUCAGGCGGGCGCCCU